GCUCCUAGUUAGCAGACAGAAUACAUACAUAGAGACUCCUCUUUGGUAAAUCGAUCUUCAGAGAACACUAUUAAUUCAUAGCUUGAGAGAUAAGUUGGACUUAACCCUCUCCUCUACCUCCAACAUAGCGGAGAACCCUUACGGAAGUCAAAACUAAGCAUAAACUCCGACACCGUUUCUCACGAUGUGUCGUUGGUUUGCCUACAUAUCCCCCGAGGAGCCUUGUCUUCUCAGCGACGUCCUUAUCACUCCCGCCAACUCUAUCUCAAAGCAAUGCUCUGAGCACUAUCUUCCCCAGCUCCUCCCUCAUGGAGAAGAGAAAGAGCUUGAUGAUGCACCCGACAAGCUCCUCCGAAUGAGGAACAGUCUCCUCAACAUGGAUGGUCUUGGUGUUGCCUGGUAUACCGAUACAGCCGCGGAUUACUCAAGCCCUCUCUCCGGUCCCCGACCCGCACUAUACAAAUCCCAGUCCCCUCCAUUCAACGACUUCAACUUCCGCAGCCUUUGUAGCAACACUGAGUCUAAGUGCGUCUUCGCCCACAUCCGUGCCACCAGCGGUAGCGUUGUAACGCAGGUGAACUCCCACCCCUUCGUUUUCGGCCGCCAUACUUUCAUGCACAAUGGCGUCGUCUCCAACUUCUCGGACAUCCGCCGCGAUCUUACGGACCUACUGUCUUUCGACGCCUACUGCAAUGUUCUAGGCACGACCGACAGCGAGCACGUCGCCGCUCUCUACAUCACCAAUCUCACGCACCACGGCACCAAGGACACGUGGGAGAAGGAGUAUACGCUCGAGCAAAUGCGCGCCGCACUCAUCAAAACCGUCAUCGAGGUGCUCGAGCUCCAGCAUAAGAAACUCGGUGCCAAAGCCGCGCCAAAUAGCUUAAACCUCUGCGCUACCGACGGGAAGAAGAUCGUUGCGAUCCGCUUCCGCAACCACGAGAGCGAGCAGCCGCCGAGUUUGUAUUGGAGCGAGUUUGCUGGCAGUACGCUGAACCAUAAGUAUCCUGGUAGGCCAGACGAUGAUUCGGUCAACCAGGAGGCGACUAAAAAAGCGGAGGAGCACGGGAGACACACGAUUGUGGCGAGCGAGCCGACGACGCAUGAUAUCAAUGAAUGGCAUUUGAUUAAUCGGAAUUGUGCGUUGCUGGUUGAUGAGUUUGGGACGGAGACGGAGGUGCCGAUUCAUUAUGAUGCGAAAUUCAAUACUGUUGAUCCGAGUGCUUGAGUGGUUUGUGGGAGGUGGAGUUGGGAUAUGAUUGAGCACAUAGUGCGAAUAUCCCUUAUCAGCCUCCUUUCAGCCUCCUCCCUUUAUCUAUAUAUCAUGGCUUAUGUUCCUUCUAAAGCACAAUCAAUCAUUUAAUUAGGCUUACUCUCCUAAAUUCUAACACUACCCUUCA